AUGGUUUAUCAACAACAAAGAAAAGUUUUUGUUUGUGUUGCAAUGAUUAUUAUGAUCAUGAAUUGUUUAACAAUCAACGCAUCACCGGUUGAUCCAAAGAAUAAUAUUGAAAAAAGAGAAGCAAAUGAUGGUCAUCCGACGGCACACCAAGCAACAAGUGCAUCAGCUUUUAUUUGUCCAGAAGAAGAUAUAGCCGAAACGCAGUGUUUGGGAGAUAAACAUUGUCUCUAUUCAAAUCCACAAAAUUGUAAUUCAUACAUCCAAUGCACAGUAAACGCUGAUCAAGUAACCGGCACUCCCGUAGUUAUGUCUUGUGCAGCAAGUUUGGAAUGGAACGAUAAUACAAAAGAAUGUGAUUAUCCCGCAAAUUCAACUUGUCCAUCGGGAAAGAAGUAA